GUGACCACGAGAAAAACGCUCCAAUUCUCCACUACAUACGCUUCCCUCUGGCUCCUUAUAAGCAACGUACACCGUGCGAAAGUACUUCUCUUCAAUCGCUCGUUUUCACAAUCCCCACCUGUCUCCCAAACGCAAUCCAUGGCUCCCACCCAAGUCCUGCUCAAAGGCCUCAUCCUCCUCCAGAAGAAGCACGUCUUGGAUCUCACGGACGUUGGCGCGGAUCUCUGGGACGACGCCAACGACUUGUUUGGAAACAAAGUCAAACUCCAGCUGAUAAGCGAGCUCGUCGAUCCUGCCACUGGAAGCGGGAAGACGAGCCCCGAGGUCGCAAUUAGCGGAUGGUUUCUGUCGUUCGACGGUCUGUCUGCUGGAGAUGUCAAGUAUGAGAUCCAGUUCUCGGUGGACAGUGACUUUGGCACUCCCGGGGCGUUUCUCAUCCGGAACCACCAUCCCAACCAGUUCUUCCUCAAGUCCUUGACACUGAGCGCCCCGGACGGCUCUAAGAUCCACUUUCCCUGCGAGUCGUGGGUGCACAACACCUCCAAGUACAGCAGCCCCCGUGUGUUCUUCAGGAACCAGGUGUUCUUGCCUGACUCUACACCCGCGGGACUGAAGACCAUCCGCGAAAACGAGCUCAAGUGCAUUCGCGGAACUGGAGAAGGCACGCGGGUCCCAGGCGACAGGAUUUACGACUAUGAUGUCUACAACGAUCUUGGAAAUCCUGAUGCCAAGCCGGAACUCAAAAGACCAGUCUUGGGAGGUGCGAAGCUUCAGUAUCCUCGAAGGAUUCGGACUGGACGCAAGCCUGCAAGAACUGAUAGCUUAUCCGAGAGCUGGUCAUCCGACGACAUGUAUCUUCCACCCGACGAGAAAACUGCCAAGAUCAGGAGUUCCAGUGUUUUGGGAGACUCCAUCAAAGCGUUUGCUCACAAAAUUGUCCCAGCAAUCAAGACCUUCUAUGCUGACCGGGCAGCCAGCUUCGAGAGCCUCGACGAGAUCAAGGCUCUGUACGAAGAAGGUAUCGACUUGGGAACCUGCGUCAACCCGUUAACCGACGAAGAAGCCAAGAAGAACGUGCGAAGUCCGUUUACCUUGAUAAGCGAGCUGACUACCACGGACGACGCCAACGCGGGGCUGCUCAAGUAUCCACUGCCACAGAUCUUACAAGGUGAUGACGAUACAUGGAUGUCCAACGAUGAGUUCGCUAGACAGACUAUCGCCGGAUUGAACCCCAUGCUGAUCACGAAGCUCGAAACUUUUCCUCCCACAAGUUCUUUGGAUCCAGCUGUAUUUGGAGCACAAGCCACUGCAUUGACAAACGAGCACAUUCAGACCCAGCUUCAAGGUCUCACAGUAGAACAGGCGCUUGAGAAGAACAGGCUAUUCAUUGUAGACUACCACGAUGUUUUCCUGCCAUACUUAAACAUCAUCAAUGCUCAGAAGAACAAAAGAACAUACGGAACACGCACCAUACUUUUCCUCUCGAACGAGGGAACUCUGAAGAUUGUCGCCAUCGAGCUGAGCCUCCCAGCACCAGGAGAGAAGGGCCAGAGGAGCAAUCGAGUUUUCCUCCCUCCAACUAACAAAAAGGACUGGCUUUGGGAACUUGCCAAAGCUCACGUCUCAGUUAAUGACGCUGGAUACCAUCAACUCGUCAGUCACUGGCUGAAGACUCACGCUAUCAUGGAGCCAAUCAUCAUAGCCACUUACAGGCAGCUCAGCGCUCUCCAUCCGAUCCUCCUCUUACUUCAACCACAUUACAAGAACACAAUGGCAAUCAACGCGAGAGCUCGCAAGGCACUGAUCAACGCCGGGGGCAUCAUCGAGGACUGCUUCACAACCGGACGAUACUCCAUGGAGAUGAGCGCCGUUGUCUAUGGACUCUCAUGGAGAUUCGACCAGGAAGGACUCCCAGCGGACUUGAUCAAGAGGAAAAUGGCUGUUCCGGAUCCAAACGCAAAGCACGGACUGGAACUUAUCAUCAAGGACUACCCCUACGCGGUCGACGGCCUCAACAUCUGGGACGCUAUCAAAAACUGGGUGACGGACUACACGGACAUCUUCUACAAGGAGGAAGCGUCAGUAGCGGCGGACACCGAGCUCCAGAGCUGGUGGCACGAGAUCCGCUACGUCGGUCACGCAGACAAGAAGGACGCCGACUGGUGGCUCAAGCUCGACUCCAAGAAAAACCUGGUAGAGUUGCUUACCACGGUGAUCUGGUUGGCCUCGGCACACCACGCCGCCGUCAACUUCGGACAGUACGCUUACGCCGGCUACCCGGCAAACCGCCCGACCAUCGCGCACCGCUUCGUCCCGGAGCCCGGCACCAAGGAGCACGACGAGUUCCUGCAAAACCCCGAGAAGUUUUAUCUGUCAGCAAUCUCGUCCAGAGUGGAAGCUACAACUGUGAUGACAACGAUAGAGAUCCUGUCAACUCACACGGCAGACGAGGAGUACCUGGGCGAGCGCAAGAGCGAGAACUGGACCGGGGACGCUCGAGUCCUCGCCGCCUUUAGCAACUUCACGGCCGCCAUGCGAGAGGUGGAGCACCAGGUGAUGGCCAACAACAAGAACCCGAGCCUCAAGAACCGGCACGGAGCUGUCGAUGGCUACACGCUGCUGUGUAUCAACUCCAAGCCCGGCCUCACUGGAAGAGGAGUCCCAAACAGCAUUUCCAUCUAGAAAACGCGAAAGCUUUCCACCCUUCCCCGUUUGUACUUCGAGAAUCAACCAAGUCACCCAUUCCAAAAGCUCGCGACAGGAGCUGGCUUGUUCCAAAAAACUCUUACAAUAUUACACCUAUGCAUUGUCGUGCUGCUGCGAACAUUCUAUAUUGAA